UGGUUUGUCAGGCCUUUCAAGGGAAAAGAAACUACAAGGAAUUAAUUACUCUUCUUUUGAAAAUUCUGGUCGAUUUAUAUGUCUACUGAGCGUAUUCCACCGAACUUUCGAUGUUGAUGAUCGAUAACAUCUAUCAAAAUGGUAAUGUUUUCCUUAGCACUGUCCGCGUCAUGGAUGGGUGGAUGCGCGACGGCUUAGCGGCAUUCUAACAAUCCUUCCAGUGUUAUUUUCAUUUCCGCGGUGUAUGGAAGUUCACCAUCUCUCUGGUCUCACCGGUCAAUUUUAGAGGUCGUAUGAUCGCAACAGGUAAAACAAACGAUUUACCUAAGCACUGAACCUGUUGCUGGCAAUUUCAAAAGAUAAUGAAACGGACACGUAUGGUUAGGCUGUACACACUGUCACUCUUCCAUUGCUGGGUGUCAGUUGUGACUUCUGCGAUCGUUAACACGACAUUUGGUCCCAUUAACGGAUCUGUGGUAUCGCUGCAAACGAACAAAACUGUUACAAAGUACUUAGGCAUUCCAUAUGCCAGGGCAGAACGUUUUGAAUAUCCAGUGCCACUGGAGAGAUGGAACACUCUCCUUCAAGCGAACAAGAUCGACAAGAUUUGCCCACAACUAAAUCUUCCGCCGCAUAAAAAACGUCUUGUCGAUGAGAAUUGUCUUUUACUCAAUGUAUAUGUCCCUGCUAACGUAUCACAACAUUCUUCUCUCUCUGUGAUGUUUUGGAUCCACGGAGGUGCCUUCUCUUUGGGUGAUACACUCGCUUACGACGGCAGCGUUUUGGCAACUGAAGGUAACGUGAUCGUUGUCACGGUCGGCUAUCGUUUGGGUGUUUUGGGAUUUUUGAGUGCAAACGACGACAAUCUAAAAGGCAACUACGGUCUAAUGGACCAGCUAGAGGCCUUAAAGUGGGUUAACCAAAAUAUUGCAAGGUUUGGAGGAGAUCCAAACAAAGUUACCUUAUUUGGUGGUUCAGCUGGAGGAACAUGUGUGUCGUUAUUAAUGUUAUCGCCAAUGGCUCAUGGUCUGUAUCAGAACAUCAUCAUGCAGAGUGGAAAUCCCGCCUCUCUUUCAUCGGCGAUGACCAAAAACGAGGCUUACCGAAGGGCAAGGAGCUUCGCUAAUGCCGUUGGCUGUGAUGUGGAUUCCCUAAAAUUGUGUGCGAAGACGAAAAGUGUUCAGCAAUUGAUGGAUGCCCAAAUAAAAGUCUUUUCAACCCCAAUUUUGUUACCCUUCGGACCGGUGGUGGAUGGAUUUUUCUUACCAGAUUUACCAGCCAAAUUGCUUCAAGCCGGCAAGUUCAACAAGACUAAUAUCAUUGCUGGAGUGGCCCAAGAUGACGGCUCAAUUUUUGUCACUGGUGCGCCUGGUGUUCUGAAAGGUCUUGAAGUUACGAACGGAAUGUCAAGAGCUCAAUUUGAAGAAACGAUACGCAACUGGACUUGGGUUCGUAAUCAAAACUCUCAAAUCUUGGAUUUGCUAAUCUACCAGUACACUGACUGGUCGAAUGCUUCUGAUCCUUAUGUGAUAAGACAGCAGUUCAUUGACAUUAACUCAGACGCAACAUUUAAAGCUCCGCUAUUAAAAGCAGUCAAGGCAUUCACAAAGAAACAGGCACCCACCUACUUUUAUCAACUUGAAAAAGUACCAAAAACAUUUCCCGCGAUCCCGUUCCCGCUUCCUGCGUGGCUUGGAGUGUAUCAUCGCGCCGAUGUCUUAUACACAUUUGGAGAGCCUCUUGUUAUGACCGAGAAUCUUACGUCUCCUGACGACAUACAACUGAGUAAAGAUAUCAUGACCUUUUGGACUAAUUUUGCUAAAACAGGGAACCCUAAUAAGCCAACGCCACUGGCAGAAGCUUGGCCCCAGUUUACAACAGACCAAGAAGAAUAUAUGGGACUAGGUUCCACUUUGACACUUCGGUUCAAAAUGCGUCAAGAGAAAAUGGCGCUAUGGAAUGAGCUUCUACCAAGUCUUCAAGAAAUAGCUAGGCCAUCCACAGCUAGUCACAUUCCGACAAUAUCAGAAAAACAAGAGGAUGGGAAAGAUACACUGCUGCUUGUCCUGGCCACCCUAACUGGAGUAUUUGGUGCUGUAGCUGUGAUUUUGUUUGUUGUAUUGGUGAUCAACUGCAACAAGCGGAAAAGACGAGGACAUGACUUUGAGGAACCAUUAAAUAUGUAACUUACCUUCAUAACUAGCUUAGAAACUUAAUUUGCCAUACUAUUGCACCUAAAGCUUUCCUUUAACUCGCUUUCUUCAAAUUUAUAUACUAAGGGUGAUCCCGUGACCCACUCCAAGGGUAAGGUUAAUUUUCUCUCUUAGACCCGGUACUGGGGAUCCCAGGAGAAUCAAGAAAUGACCAGUUCUGAAUUUUCUCACGUGGAAACCACUCGUAGAUUGUAUGGUUGUUCGUAGAAGAACUAAAAAAGGAAAAAGAAGUUAGAGAAACGAGCAAACAGCAUGUAACAUUGAUCCCGGGAAAUUACACGAAUCAUUUUGAGUGUACAAAAUAACUUUAGAAGGAUACAUUAAAAACAGACCAUCUGAGCCAAACAAGGGUCGAAGCUAGCUGCUCUCAUUGUUCUUUCAUUGCUUUGCGAAAGUUCAAAGUGAGGCCUUUAUUUACAAAGCUGCUGAGCAUAACUUACUCUUCUCGAAUUUUUUGUUUUUUUUUCCCGUCCUUUUUCCCUAAGGGGUCCUCUUCUACCAAACAAAGUAAAACUUAGAAACGCGUUUUCCUUGAAAUCCUGUUCCUUUAAUGGUCUAUUUCCGCAGUAUCUCUCUUAUUUCUUGAGAAAUUUUUGAAAUAUGCCCCUAGAGAAACUAAGACGGGCAAUUGAGACGAGGCUUUUUCAAGAAAGGUAAACACAGAAGAAGUCCUCCAUUUCUCAAAUAUAGGGUGGCAACAUUCGAACUCUCUCGAGAAUGUCAAUAUCACUUAUUUUAGAUGUUGAAAGGUAAAACAUAUAACAUUUAAACUUUUUCUCCGAGCAAGCCAAUUCGUCUGGUAAACGCUGCUGAUCAAGGCACAGGACACGUUCAAAAUAACAACAGAAAGCAAUCAAUUUGGGACAUUUUUAUAUAUUUUUUAUAUAUUUUCUAUUAAGGUAAAUUUUAUCAUGAGCUCGUUUUCUCCACAUCUAUUUUGGUAAGAAUGAUAUUUUCACAUUGACCGCUGAAGAGAAAUGUUGAUUUUACUAAUGGUCGUUUGUUGUCUUAUUGGACUGAUUGGGCCA